CCCGUGGCUCACAGAUCGGCCCCAAAUAAGACGCAAUAUCCAGGUGUCUGGUGGAAAAGCAACUUCACAGGACUGGUCUAACCAAGAGAUUAUUGUAAUCCAUCAACUUUGGCAGCAUCAGCCAGAUGAAAUUGGUCAAGGAAUAAAUCAAGUAGAAGUAAAAGACCUUUUAAUCCACAAUCACACACAUCCGCACUGCCUGGAGAAGGAAAGGCUCUUUGCGAUACCACCUGAGUGCGUGAAACAGAAGAGCAGGCAUGCUGAACACCAAGAGCUAUUCCUCUGAAACCAGCAGCCAGGCACCAUAUGAAACACCAGCACUAUCUGACCUUCAGAAGCUGUUCUGGUUCAGAGGAGGGUCUGUCAAUCAUUUGGACCAAGUCUGGCCAAACCUAUUCCUGGGAGACGUCUGGGCUGCUAGAAGUAAAGCAACUCUUCAAAAUCUCAAUAUUACUCACAUCCUUAAUGCAGCAGAUGGGCCAUACAGUAUCAACACAGGAGCCAGAUAUUACAAAGAUCUGCAAGUAGCGUACCAUGGAGUAGAAGCGUUCGAUGACCCUUCCUUUGAUUUAAGUAUCUUUUUCUAUGAUGCGGCUAAUUUCAUACACAAAGCCUUACACACACCAGGAGGUAAAGUGUUCGUUCACUGUGCCAUGGGGAUAAGCCGCUCUGCAUCUUUAGUGCUCGCUUUUUUAAUGAUCCAUGAAAACAUGACGCUUGUGGAGGCUUUAAAAAUGGUGAAUUCUCACAGAGAGAUCUGCCCAAAUACAGGAUUCCUGAGCCAGCUCCGAGACCUGGACAUCAAAUUAAAUGAAGAGAGGAAAGGAGUUAGAGAAUCUGCCAGCAAAGAACCAUAAUACAGAACUGCACAGAAAGUGGAUGCAACACCAUCAGUAUUUUCUGGAUCUCUUUUAAAAUGAAUUAUGUUUUCCAAACCAAGGGCAUAAACUGAAAAUGCAGCGUAACACAUAGUCUAUAUGUAAAUGCUUAUUUGACUUUAUUAUCUUUACAUUGUAUAAAGCCUAUCUAAAUUCUACCCGCAGCGCAAUUGGCUUUGGUAUUCUUCACUCCCUGCCCUCAAAUAUUGUGAGAAAUAGCUGUAAACUGUUAAGCAGCUGCCAAGCUCCACCCUAGAGGUGGCUGCAUUUCAGUGACGCAUGACAUUUAUAUUAGUUUGUGAAGUGUUAGGAUUCUUUGGGGGUGAAAAGUGCUUUGUUAUUAUAUUAUUUGUACUUCAGUAGUGCCUACAGGCCCCAAUCAGGGCUCCCAUGGUGCAAUAUAUGUUUAAGAUUGUUAAUGUUUUGAGGUUUUAAUGUUGGCAUCUGUUUGUUAUAGGUUAUAACAAUUUGUGCAGCAGUCUGAGCCCCUUGGCUGGGCCAUGGAGGCUCUUUAGAUAUAGAACAGCUGGGAAAUGUUGAAGCCACUCUCUUAAGAAACAAUUCCAGUCUGUUUUCCAUAUUCCUCCCCCUGGGUCUUCAUCAGUAGGGGAUUUUCAUGAAAAGAUCUUAACUUGAAUGGAUUUUCAUCUGCUCUGGCUGCUCCCCACCAAAAGUCAAGCAGUUGCUGUAGAAAAUGAUUAUGCUGUCAUGAAGGAGGCGGCUUCGAAAUGGUCUCACAGCUGAGGGUCUAAAACUAUUGCAUUGGCAGCAG